AUGGAAUCCGCACAAGAUCCAGCACAAGUCCUUAUGACCGCCCUUAAAGAAAGGAACAUUCCAGCUAAGCGCGAUGAGAUCACGGCAGCUUUUUACACCGACCCCAACAACGCCAAGAAUGCAGAAUGGGUGAAGGAGCAUCUUGACUCGAACACGCUGCUGUCGUACGAGGAGCUUUCACUAUACUCUAAGCUUGAAAGCUCUGGUGCUCUGGCUCGUAUCCUCCCCCGCGCGGAUCUCGAUGCAACGCGACCAUUUCUGGACGAAGACAUACAAAAAGCGAUUGACUCUCUGAAUGCGUCGACGGCAGAAAUCCAAAGACAAACGGAUAUUUUAACUUCACAAUACGAUAUUCUGAAUCGACGGCUCAAACGGGACGAGGAACGGGAGUCAAGACAGAAUCGGGAGGCUGAACGCCUACGGCGGAAACAUGAAGCAGAGAGACAAAAUACGGCCGCUGCGUCAAGCGAUUUGGCCCAUGAAUUGGAGAUCAACCUGAAAAAUGAAUGCGAAAAAUCCACGAUGGAUGGGAAGGGGAUAUUGUCCACUUUGACGACGCGGUUGAAAGAUAACGACAAGAUCCUCGCAGAUAUGGAGAGGCUUGCGGCAGGAGUAAAGUCCUCUGAUAAUGAUGCUUCGAUUGUGAAGCGAACAUCCGAAUUGAGUGCGACUCUUGCCCAAUAUGUCGCGGAAGAGAUAUACUACCGACUUGACCGACUAUAUCUUGAGAAGGCCCUAGACAGUCGCCAGGCCACCUCGGAUGCAUUAACAGACCAGGAGAAUGAUGCGAUUUCUGGUCUUGAGGUAGAACUAGAAUCUCUUUACCCAGAGAUUGAUGUUUUGGCUGAGAUGUCCACGCAACAACAAUUCGUUGAGCCUAUCCUCAGGGAGCUCCAGAAUCACCAUGGUCAACUGCGCAUUGCCUCCCAUCAGAAGCUAGACUAUAUUUUGGAGGCGGUAACAGACAUGACAGCUUCAACGGAAAGCCUUACUACGAUUUUACAGGACCGUGAAUCAUUCUGUGCUGCUUUUGAAGCCUUUGUUUCUGCCUAUCGAUCGGAAAUCGGCGAUCAGACUCUGGAGUCGACAGCUUCACGCCGGGAGACCAUGAGAAGAUAUUCUACCCAACAAUUACUUGCGGCGCCCCAGGGCGGGAAGCGGGCUGGCCCCUUCCCUGAAUCCGAGGCUCUAAGCAACGUCUUACGCCGUAUAGGCCUGUCGCUUGAGGCUGUAUUUCAGUCCGAAGAAAGCGACGGGGGUGUCAGCACUCUCCGCCAGGAACGGCAACACAUGCUAGAUGGGUUACGGAGUUAUGGUAUUGCCAGUGAUUCGCCGCUAGUGGCUGAGUUACUUCCAACAGACAAGGCAACCCGACUUCUUACCUCCUCCUUGGAGGCAGAUUCUCAGUUUACGACCUCACUCUCAAGUGUGGAGCACGAGAAGAGCCUCGUAGAGCUCGAGUCCAAGUUGAGCCGCAUCCAGAAAGGGAUCGAAAGGCUUAACCACGACACUGUCUAUCAACGGGACAAAGCCCGAGAGAAGUUUCUAGAGAAGUGGGGAUAG